CGACCAUUCAAAAACAUGACUGGGGUUCUAACGAAAGCUUAAUGCAAAUAGGUGAUGUGUCCCUUUAAAUAUCCAGAGGGAACAAAGCAUUGAAAUAAUGAUAUGAAUUUGGUGGUGAUUGUGUCUUGUUAACUCAGGGGUCGAAACAGAUUUAAGUAAUAUUGGUGAGUUGUGACUCUUCUGUCUCCACACAAUGAGGUUGUUGUAUUGUAGGGUAGAUGUGAACUCUUUAAAAAAGAUUUCAGAUGUUGAUUCAACAGGACUUCAAUGUUUUUAGAAAAUGGUUCCCUCUGGAUUCAGCCAUUUGGAGGCUGUUUACAGCUACCUUUAGUUAGGAUUUGACAUCAUCCUUACAGUGCUAUCAAUAUAAUGAUCAUGGCUUUGAUUGAAGGAAAUUCUUGAACUGAAGAUAAAUACUGUGAUAUACAAUGAAGGUAUGGUGAUGAAGGCUCUUCUAUAAUUUAUAUUGCUGUGUUGCCCCCUUUUGACAAUCUAUACAAACAUCCCACCUAUGACACUUUGACCCUGAUUCACACAGACAAGACUACCGACUAAGUCAUUUCAGCCAUUGUUUUUUGUCAUACUGCACACCAGGCUCCUGUUUUUUUUUCUGAGACACAUUUAAACUAAAAGCUUUAAUGUCAUCAUUUAACUAAAGCUUAAUCUCUGUGUGUAAACCAGGCUAUGCCUUUUAAACAAUAUGGUAGCCUAUGUUUGUUUUAAUGCAUUCAUUUUAAAUGUUGUUUAAUCAAUUAUCUAUUGUUUAAACGUGUCUUUACUUUUAUCUAUUUCAAAUGUUAAUUGUAUGUGUAAAUAUCUCACCACUCGUACUGGCUUGAAUGCUCAAUCAAUUAUGACACACAUCAGAAGGAUUUAAUCUGUUAUUUUCCUAAGGAAUUAUUAAACCCCAAAAAAUAAUUCAUAAAUGAAGGCAGAGCAAUUUCACACUGUUAUUCAGACUGUGACAUUCUGUGUGAGACUGCCAUCUAGUGGACUUGUUUAUUAUGACAGACACACCUGUUUACACACCUUUCAUAAACACAACCAGGAAAUACUUGAGUUCAGGGAAACUGAAACUGAUUUUGGGCUGUUGAGUGUUUUGUCUUUCUGUGAGUACAUACAGUAAAAUGGCAGAAGCCAGUAUUUCAGUGGAUCAGGAUCAGUUCAUCUGUUCAAUCUGUCUGGAUCUACUGAAGGAUCCAGUGACCAUUCCCUGUGGACACAGUUACUGUAUGAGCUGUAUUACAGACUGCUGGGAUCAGAAGAGAGACUACAGCUGCCCUCAGUGCAGACAGACCUUCAAUACAAGACCUGUUUUAGGUAAAAACACCAUGUUGGCUGAAGUGGUGGAGAAACUCAAGAAGAUAAAACUACAAGCUGCUCGUCCUGAUCACUGUUAUGCUGAAGCUGGAGAUGUGAAGUGUGACGUCUGUACUGAGAGAAAACACAAAGCUGUCAAGUCCUGUCUGGUGUGUCUGAACUCUUACUGUCAAAAUCAUUUUAAACUUCAUGAAGAACUUCACUCAGGAAAGAGACACAAAGUGACAGACGCCACUGGACGACUUCAGCAGAUGAUCUGCCCUCAACAUGAGAAACUUUUAGAGAUUUACUGUAAAAAUGAUCAACUCUGUAUAUGUUAUCUGUGUAUGCUGGAUGAACACAAUGAACAUAAGACUGUAUUAGCUGCAGCAGAGAGGACUGAUAAACAGAAAGAACUGAAGGAGACACAGAGAAAAUACCAGCAGAGAAUCCAGGAGAGUCAGAAGAAGCUUCAGGAGCUGAGAGAUGCUGUGGAGACUCAUAAGCGCUCUGCACAGACAGCAGUGGACGACACUGAGAGGAUCUUUACUCAACUGAUCCAAACCAUUGAGAGAAGACGAUCUGAGGUGACACAGCUGAUCAGAGAUCAGGAAAAGACUGCAGUGAGUGAAGCUGAAGGACUCUUGAAGCGUCUGGAGCAGGAGAUUGAUGAUCUGAGGAGGAGAGACGCUGAGCUGGAGCAGCUUUCACACACAGAUGAUCACAUCCAUUUCCUCCAGAGUUUUCAGUCUCUCUCUGUUCCUCCUGGAUCUUCAGACUCACUCAGCAUCACUGUCAGCUCUCUCAUCUCUUUUAAUGAUGUAGGAAAAUCUGUGUCUCAUCUGAGAGAGAAACUGGAGGAUUUCUGUAGAGAAGAGAUAGAAAAGAUAUUUGACAAAAGUAAAGCACCUGAACCUGAGACCAGGGAGCAGUUCCUAAAAUAUGCCUGGAGCGGCAAGCCCUUCCAAACCAUUGCAUGCAAUCAGUUCCGAGGGUACAGGUCUCGGAUCAGUGGGUCCACAGGUCCACCCCCCCACACACACCUUUAAACACCGCACACACACGUCCGUUCUGAUUGGCCCAUCCAUCAGGUCUCCAACAAGCAGCGAAUCCUGAGACUAUGGGGAAAAUGGAAAAUCAUUGACUAGGAAAUUGGCAAGUAACAGUCCUCACUGCAAUUCAAUACAAUCUCAAUGUGAAUGAGAGUCUAUGGGAAAGAAAAUAGAAAGACAGAUAGUGUGCGAGAGAGAAAAUAAACAGGUCUUCAUUUUUUGGCCCUGUUUGGAUCUCAGAAUUAGUAUGAAAAUGAGCAGCCAUCUGUUUAAUGUUUAGAAAGUAAAAACAAAGACAGCAGAUAUGUAGGCUUUGAUCCAAAUUUUAAGUUACAGAAAACGUAACAU